AUGCUGGUCUCAUUGACUGUUGGCAAGGUCGACGCAGGUGUCGCCGUCCUCUUGACUGAGGAUAACCGCCUGAUUGAAUUCCCUUCUGUUCUUCUUCCCAACGGGAUCGCCUCUGGCAGCAUCGUGGAUAUCACCGUCGCGCGCAACCACGCAGCCGAGUCAGCCAAUGCAUCCGCCUUUCAAAGUCUCCAGAAACGAAUCCUGAAUACCUACGGUGUGAAGACGCCUUCACCUCCUGUCCUGCGUCUGCGAAAUGCCACGCAGACCUCGCUUGUCCUGGAAUGGGAUCCCAUCGACCUGGCCACGGCCUCCCUGAAAUCGCUGUCUCUAUACCGCAACGGCUCCAAGGCUGGGUCGAUACCCCGCCCCCUCGAAACGCGUAGCACCAAGAUCAGCGGACUGGCGGUCCAUCACGAGUAUACGUUCCAUCUCGUCUUGCGCACAACAGCCGGCACCUAUCAGUCGGAGAAAUUGACGUGCCGGACGCACAAGAUGACCGAUCUGUCCGGUAUCACGGUGACUGCGGGGGUUCUGGAUCCUCAGCGCAAGGAGGCUCUCGGCCACGCAUUGGACCGUAUCGGAGGCAAGCUGAUCGAUUCCGUACGCAUCGAUACGACCCACUUUGUGUGCUCAGAGGGACGGGGUCCGCUGUGGGAGAAGGCCGUGGAGAUGAAUAUCCCCGUGGUGGUGCCCGAGUGGGUGGACGCAUGCGAGUCCGAGGGUACCAUUGUCGGUGUUCGGGAUUACUAUCUGAACGCAGACCCGAAGGCGCGUAAGCUCGGUACACUCCAUGGCUCUCACCAGCGCACAACUUCAACCAUGUCGACAACGUCUACCGUCAACCCUGGCCGUCCUAGCCUGCAGCCUCCUCCCAUUCAAGAAGAAGGCCCGGCUCCGACUGAACCGCCUCUGACGCCGUUCCCGGGUGGCGACAUGAGCGGUCAGCCGCAGGCAAAGGACGAAGAAGUGAGCUCGGAGGACGAGGCAGAGGUCCCUCCCCCGCCACCUCCCCCCAAGGAUGAGGAGCAGUCUCCUCGGGAGACGGGGGAGAGUGAACCCAGCGAGAAGAGUAGUCCAGAGUCCGAGAGGGAAGACAAGGAUUCGAAUCAAGAACAUACCCUUCCGCAGCACAUGCCCGAGGGUGAUGAAGAACCAGCCGGCAAAGGCAAAGAAGGCGAGGAAGAUUUCAAUGAAGUCCCCCUCUGA